GCCCCUUCGCAUGUCUCUCCCUUUUCCCAGCCCUCCCCUUUGCAUCUCAGCUGCUCGCAUCUCAACCCCUUCGCACCCUCACCCCUUUGCAUCUUCACUCUUUCACUCCCCAAACCCUCUUAAAGUCUCUAUUAUUAUUAUUUUAAUUUACGGGGUGCACCUUUGCCUUUCCCACCUUUUGCUUCAACCCCAUCCCUUCUCCCUCUACACCCACCUAUAACAUCUCCGGGCUGUCCCCUACCCCUCUUCUCCCCCAUUCCCAUCCCCACUCCCCAGUCCCGGUGCCGGUCCCGGAGCGGAGCCAGGCGCGCCCCCACCCCCCCCCCCCGGCUCGGAGCCACCCGCGAUGCCGCCGCCCGCGGGGCCGCUGCUGCUGCUGGGGCUGGCGCUGGGGCUGGGGGCCGGGGCGGGCGCCGGGGGGGGCUGCCAGCUGCCGGCCGAGUGGCGGCCGCUGAGCGAGGGCUGCCGAGCCGAGCUGGCUUCCAUCAUCGUUUACGCGCGGGUGUUGGCUCUUCACCCCGAUCCCUACGGGGCUUACAAUUAUCUGCCCUGGCAACGGGACCCCCCCUCCGGUGCCAGCUCGCAGCACAACCCGGGAGGACUCUUUUAUUCGGCUGAGAUCGAGCUGCUGUGCGACCAAGCGUGGGGCAGCAUGCUGGAGGUGCCCGCCGGCUCCCGACUCAACCUCACCGGGCUCGGCUACUUCUCCUGUCACUCGCACACCGUCAUGCAGGGCUACGCUUACUUCUUCUUCCUUCGCAUGGAUGAGAAUUACAUCCUCCUGCCGCAUGGGGUGAACUUUCAGGAGGCGAUUUUCCCGGACACCCAGGAGAACAGGAGGAUGUUUGCCAGCCUUUUCCAGUUUUCCAACUGCUCGCAGGCACAGCACGCCCUGAGCUUCUCCAGCGACUGGGAGAUCCAAGAAGACAAUCGACUCAUGUGCUCCUCGGUCCAGAAAGCCCUGUUUGAGGAGGAGGACAGAGUGAAGAAGCUGCAGCAGAAGGUGGCAACGUUGGAGAAGCGCAACAAACAGCUGCGAGAUCGGGUGAAGAAAGUCAAGAGGUCUCUCCGGCAAGCUAGGAAAAAUACCAGGCACAUGGAGUUGAUGAACAGAAAGCUCAGUGAGAAACUUGCCUCUGCAGGUGGUCAAAUUCCCUAUAUUAACUCUUUAAAGCAGGAAAACUCACAUGCUACCUACCUUAAAGUAUAAUGCAAGGGUAAUGCAAGAGUUCAGGCCAAUGAUAAUGGCAAAUUUUGCCUGUGUUAGAUCAGGAUCUGGCCCUUACACCUUGUCUGCACUGCUUCAAACCUUGCAUGGAAAAUGAAUCUGAACUUGCUCUAGACACAGUGCUAGAUUAAACAGGAAUGCAAACUGGAUUUGUCUGGGUACUGGAGGAACAACCCCAAACUAAGUCCAUGGUGUUCUGGGUACACAUAGGUCCAGACUGUAAUAUAAAGCCCACUGUGCUUCCUGGUCCUCAUCCCCCUGCCUCUGUCACCAGUUUUAGGUUUCCCUAUGGUGGGGUGGGUGUGAUGGAAGUUCUGCCAGGCAUUUGACAUGGGAGCUCUUCUAGUGAUCUGAUGCCAACUUACCUUCUCUAUAUGGACUGGGCAAGCAAGUGGAUGUACAGAGAUGUAUGCUGCAGGAAGGAUAAAGGCAUAAAUGCUCUUUGCUCCAUCAUGAUCCCCUUCAUCGUGCCUUAAGCUUGACUAAAGACUAUAUUCUGUAUAUGAGCACAGGCUAUGUCCAGGACACAUAGUCAGUUUGGGCCCUUAUUCAAAAUGAAAUGCAAAUGUGCCCAAACUGUCUUAAGACUAAGUAUUUCUUAAUGUUCUUAAAAUAAUAAUAAUAAUAAAAAUCUAAUAUUUUUUCAUUUUACCAGGACAUGCCUUAAGAGUCAUAGUAACUCCUUCAGGUGCCUUUAGUGUUGUUCAGCCAAUGGAGCUGGAGACCUAUCAAUCUGAGUCUGUGUCUGGGACCUAAUCCAACUCCUACCAUCAGGAAUGGAUUUAGCCUAGGUUUAGUGGGUGCUGGAUCAGGUCUGAUGGACGAUUUCAGAUCCUGUUUUCAAGCAGGUUUAACUUACAGUGUGGACAAGGCUUCAAGUUUUGUAAUCACUGUUUGAGGUAUAAAGGAGGUUGCUGGGCAGCCUCAUUUAGUUAUGCUUAGAUGCUGUAGAAAUCACAUCAAUAUCAACAGGGCAUUAAAAAAUUAAGGUAGUUUAUAUAUGUAUAUAUUCUAAAAUCCUAUAGAAAAUAUUUUUAUUACACAUUUGAUAUAGUCUAAUUUCUUAAAAUAUGAAGCAAAUCCCAUUUCUUGGUUAUCUCAUUAAAAAAGUCCAUCAUGUUCUUUAUUAGACGUUUACAAAACAAAAAUUCUGUUGAAGCAUCAUAGGUUAAGGCUCAGCAACCAUGACUAAUAUAUUUUUCAGCUAUGUUAAUGUACCAGAGAAUGUCUUUGGUCAUGGUAGUUAAACAACCUUCCUUCAUAACAGGGCACCGUAAGGAAUGGAAAAUGAAAGAAGAGUUGCUGUGUCUUCUUUCCCUUCUCAAAAUAGUUUUUCUUUCCCCAAACAUGAGCCUCAGGAGUAGAUAAGUCUCAUGCUUUUCAACAGAGGCAGAGAGUCCUUGCUUAGCAUCAGGCAAUACUGACAAUUUACCAGGGCUAAACCUGAUUUAUACGUGAUAGACCAAUCCAGAUGAACUUUGAUAUAGUUGUAAGGUCCUCAGAAAUAACAAUGUGGAAACCAUCAUUCUUCUCCUAACUCCCCAGGCUUUGCCAGAUCACUGCAUGGUCUCCAUGCUGUUUCUCAGAGAUUAAAAAUAGAGUAUAUCCAGGUUGCAGCUCUGUUGGACCACGCUUUAACUAUCCCCACACUUAGGAAAAUCCCAUAUCAGCUUUCAGCCAUGAGCUUCAGUCCAAGCUAAAGCUCAGAAGUUAAGCCUUACGUUGGCUUCUAGGAUGCUGCUGAGUUUAAUUACCUUCCAGACUUGCUCCUUUUGGAAAUAGAGCUUUCCCUUCCCCAUUCCCCCCUUGAAAUAAUAUUGGCAUUUCUUAAGAUUCUGACUCCUCCACAAGCUUCAAAGGCUUUGCAUACCAAAUCAGCACAAUUUAAGUUGUUUUAUGCUGUAGUCAGCAAUGCUGUUUCCUGAGAACUACAACUGACAUAAGGCUUCCCUAGAAGCCAUCAAGAGAUUUUAACUCUAAAAUGUAAAUUUAUAGGAAAGUAUCUAGUUUUGUUGUUUUGUUUGUUUCUGGUUCCUACACUGCUGUUUGAAUAAGUUAACUGUUUUUUCCUGGUAUAGGUAUUAAAAGCUUGUGGGUCUUGUUGUUUGUUAAUAAAAGUAUUCCCCUUUAUUCA